UGUUGCCAGGUUGGUAAGGAUAUUCACCAAGCAAGUGGUUCACUGUAGCUUGUGUUGGUUAACCAGUGUAGUUUGUUAGCUGCCAGGCUAGCUUUAGACACUGCUAACACAUACAUUACUAUGGCUUUUGGGUUCUGCCUUGGUGUUUCCCUACUCCUGUCUGUGUGGCCCACUGCACAAUGUUCUGGCAUUAUUGAAGGAGCUCUUCAUAUGGAGUGUCGUGAUCGUUACUUCAUGAUAGCUGUUGAUCUCUCCUUCACUGGGGAGGAACCCCUCUUUGAGGCUGUUGAUGGGACAGGUGUGUACGCCAUCACUGAGCAGUAUGCGGCUCAGUGUGGCUACAGGGUCGUUCUUCUCCCUCUACCGGGCCGUGUGGAGCUCAGAGCCUCUUACUUCAGCUGUCACACUGACAACAAGGAUGAUGAGGUCUUCACAUUUAACUUCAACCUGAUUGCGACACAUGAAGGAACGGAGGACUCCUACGCUCUGAACCAGACCUGUUCUCCGUCUCUCCCCUGGUCUCCUAGAGAAAUUACCUGUGAGGAAAACUACAUGGAGGUGUCUGUGAGGAGUGAAGUCACCUGUCCCUCUAGGACAAUAAAAGAUGACUGGAAUGCUCUCAAACCUGCACACCGCUCCACAACUUCAGACUGGCAGGUGAUGUUUCAGAGAAAUGAAGAGCAGUUGCCACCCAUGAACCUCUCUGAAGUUCGCAAUCGGGGCUAUGAGUAUGACUUGACCGAUGGAAGGCUUGUGUUUCGUACUCCGUAUGCACCUGACUCAUUCAGCACUGAGGUGAAUGGUGUUCCAGUAGAGGCUUUCCAUGCAACUCUGUUCUCCAGACAAAGCUGGGUGGUCCUCAUGGUCGACCUGGUGGCUGCUUGCUCCAUGCAUGAAGGGUCUUAUGACGGAGGCUACAUGAUGUGGGAGAAUCCUGAGGCGCUGCACCCGCUUUUGUCUGGUCUACAUGAGACUCGGGUCAACAUUGGCCUCAAUGGUGAACUAGUGGCGCAGCCAGUUGCAGAGGAGAGAGGCUACAUUGUGGAGAAGAACAACACCACAGUCGAGAUCAGCAUCCCCUAUAAUGCUGAAGGAGGAUACAGGAAGAGCUUUGUGAAUGGCGAUCUCUACGAGUUUUAUGUAUUUCAUCUGUACUUGGAGCAAAUCCUGGAUGAUGAGGAUCAUGUAGAAACCAGACAAAGAUUUCAAAGGACUCUGUCCACUCCCUUGCUGCUGCGCCCCAUUUUCACUGAAAACCAAACUGUUCCUGAGGAGCUUAUGUUCACGGUCUACCUCGGAGACGUCCCUGAAGAUGUAGAGUUGGCUGCUGUUCAUUUGAAUGGACAAGAAUUUGCAGUUCCCUUUACAAACACAAGCAGCCACAACAUCACUAAAAUUGUUCACCCCAACAACACUCAUGGCUACACUCUGAAGGUGCCUUUUGAUGACCCUGUUGUUGUGCAGAGGUUUUCUAAAGAAGAUGCAGUUCUUCAGUAUGGGCUGGAUGUCAACUUCACACUGACGGUUUUGCCUGAAAACGAGUCUUUUUACCAACUGGUGUUUCUUGUGGCAUUGUUCACAGAUGUUUCUCCUCCAGCCUUUGCUGCUGUCUGCACUGAGUCCGGCAUCAUCUUCAAACUGGACCGCCGGCCUUUUGACUACCUGUGGGACAUCGGUAUCGGCUCAGACCUGCUGACGCCGGAGCUGGCGGCUCAGCGCGGCUACAUCAUGAGCAACGAUAGCCAGAGUCUGAUUUUGGAGGUGCCGCUCUUCUCUCUCGGCUACAAGUACAAGGAUGUUACUUUGAAGGGCUUCUUUGGCACCUUCGAGAUCCUGAUGCGGGAUCAUGAGACAUCAAAGGUCCAGAGCUCGACUAUCAAGACUUGUCCGUUCUCUACUACUGAACUCAUUAUGUGUUCAAAUGAUGGGAGGUUCACUGUGGUGGCAAACUUGUCUCUGCUCAUCCCAAGUGGAGAAUUUCUUGCAAGAUUCAGCCUGGUCAACAAAUACUGUGGAGCCAGAGAGAGGGACAGCACCAGGGCUCUGUUCUCCUUUUCAGUCAACAGCUGUGGAUCCACUGUCAAUCUCAACAGGGAUAAUGUGACUUAUCAAAAUGAGAUUCUCUAUAGCGGGAAGACCUUCUUCAGUACGAGUAAGGUAGUUUCUGAUGAUGCUACGGAGAGGGUGAUAAUACAGUGUACAUAUCCUCUGGCUGGUCUUCAUCGCCUCUUCUCAGUGUUUAGGUUUGAGUCUGACACACCUGGUCUUGGCAGCAUCAUCCACACUACACAGCCCACAGCAGGUCUACAGAGUCUCACCAUCAAGCCCAGUGCGGCAAUUAAAAUGACACCUGCUAGUCAACAAGUAUACCUGCCUGCCAUCCACCCCCCUGCUCGCUACAUCAAAGUUUCAAGAUUUCAACAGCUUAACCAUAUCAUGGGAAAAGGAGCACAAAGAACCUUGCAAAAGAAAGUAAAUCCUGCUCUUAUUUGAAGGAAGUGUAAUUUUUAAAAACAUCUGCAAU